AUGUCAACCGAACCAACAUCUAUUGAGGGUAGUGUUACACCUCCUACUUCGAUAGAUUCUGAAAAUUCGGGGGUUGGAGCUUCAAUCCAAACAAAGGGGACUACUUCUGGGAAAAGAAAAGCCCCUCCUCAAAGUCAUAAGGGUGAGUCCAUUGGGAUGGUGAUUGAGAAAUGCUUGUUGAAUUGGGGGAUUGAUAAGUUGUUUACUGUUACUGUUGAUAAUGCAAGUUCAAAUGAUGUUGCCAUUGGUUAUUUGAGAAAGAAAUUUAACCCUCGAGGGGGUUUAGUUCAAAAUGGUAAAUAUCUUCAUAUGAGAUGCAUGGCACACAUUAACUUUGAGAGAGCUUUUGAGAGAUUUGAGGAGCAAGAUACAAACUUUAGGGUUGAACUUGAAAGGGGAGAGGGUUGGCCUAGUGUGGAUGAUUGGGAUAAUGUUAGAAACUUGAGGGAUUUCUUGGAACACUUUUAUGAAGUCACUUUGCGUAUAUCUGGAACUUCAUAUGUCACGUCCAAUAAUUUUUUUGAUGAGCUUUCCGAAAUUGAUAUUCUUUUACGAGAUGCUCAGUUAAAUAGUAAUAUUGAUUUCAAUGUUAUGGCCAUCAAGAUGAAAGAGAAGUAUGAUAAGUAUUGGGGUGAUAUUGAUAAGAUGAAUUUGCUUAUGUUUGUUGCUUGUGUUUUGGAUCCUAGACAAAAACUAAAGUAUCUUGAAUUUGCACUUAGUGAAAUGUCUAGUUCUGAAAAAGCUUGUGAAAUGAUGCAAAAGUUGAAGGAAUCUUUGUAUGAUUUGUUUGAUGAGUAUAAGCCUCCACUUCAUGGUACUUGUAGCCAAUCGAGUGUGUCAACACAUGUUUCUAUUGGUGAACCACAACAAAAAAUGAAAAGGCGAAUGCAAGCUUUGUAUAAAAAGCGUGAGUUGGAAAUUUGUGGUGAGGAUAAAACAUCUGAGUUGGAUAAAUAUCUAGCUGAGGCUAAUGAAGAAUUUGUUGAAGAUUUUGAUAUUUUAUUGUGGUGGAAAGUGAACAGCCCUAGAUUUCCCACUCUUUCAAAAAUUGCCAGAGAUGUGUUAGCUAUACCGGUUUCUACGGUUGCUUCAGAGUCUGCAUUUAGCACCGGGGGACGUGUGCUUGAUCAAUAUAGGAGUUCUUUAACUCCUAAAAUUGUACAAGCUCUUGUGUGUACUCAAGAUUGGAUUCGAAGAUCAUCAUCACAAGAAGACAUAAAAAAGAUUGAAGAACAAAUUCAAGAGCUUGACAAGAUUGAAAAUGGUUUAAUGCAAAUGGAGAUGUUUUGGAGAGAUGACAUGGAUAUAAAUGGAGAAUAUUAA